AUGUGUAGGAGGUUGUUAUCAUCCAACCGAGGCCCUUGCAAAUCCUUUUCCUUUGCGACGCUCAAUUCAAAAUGGUCAACGUUCCUAAAACGCGCAAAACCUUUUGUAAAGGUCCAAAAUGUCGCAAGCAUACCUUGCACAAGGUUACACAGUAUAAAGCUGGCAAGGCCUCUCUUUACGCCCAAGGAAAAAGGCGUUACGAUAGAAAGCAGUCUGGUUAUGGUGGACAAACAAAGCCCAUCUUCCACAAAAAGGCCAAAACUACAAAAAAGAUUGUGCUAAGGAUGGAAUGCACAGAUUGUAAAUUUAGAAAACAGUUGCCAAUCAAACGAUGCAAACAUUUUGAGCUUGGAGGUGAUAAGAAGCGAAAGGGCCAGAUGAUCACUUUCUAAAUUGUUCUGUUAUCAGAAUUUUCAUAUUCACAAA